CUUGAACGCAGCACCGCCAUGCUUGGCUAUUGCCCACGUCUCGUUUGCUGCAUGCCGCCAAGUCUGCCAAUUAUCAGCAGGUGAUGAGAUGGAAUGUCAUCUUGCGGUGAUGACACGAAGAGAGUGAAGUUGAAACAAAGACCAAAGGCGUCUCUUGGAUUUCCAGUGGAGUCGGCCCAAUGAGGGCGUUCGUACGGGCGAUCUCCCGAGGAUCAUAUGGUACCCGCCAAUGCCGCCAUGGUGGCAACCACCCCGUCAAACAAAUGCCAUCAACAGUGUCCGGAUCUUCCAAGUGUGCCACCAGGAGCUCACGGAAUGGCAGAAAAAGUCUAUGCAAGGCCAUGUGGCGACGACGGAUAUGUUCUUGUCGGCGACGACGACUUCCAAAAGUCAUAUCUGUCCGAUAUCUCUGAACACGUUGAGCUUUUGUCCGAUAAUCUUCGAGAUAUUUCCUUGGAGAUACACGACAAUCCCGAACUGCAGUACAAGGAGUACCAUGCUCACGAGCUUCUGACGAAGUGUUUACAAAAGCGAGAAGGUUGGGAAGUGACUCCUUCCGCAUACAACAUCGCAACAGCCUUCGUAGCGGUGUACGACAGCGGCAAACCCGGCCCAACGGUGAGCUUCAAUGCCGAGUACGAUGCUCUGAAGUGCAUUGGACAUGCAUGCGGCCACAACUUGAUUGCCGUGGCCUCCGUGGCGGGAGCUCUUGCGACUGCAGCUAUCAUCAAGCAACACUCCCUCCAAGGCAAGGUCGUUCUGUUCGGCACGCCAGCAGAAGAGGGUGGCGGUGGCAAGAUCAAGCUGCUGGAGGCCGGAGCGUACAAAGACCACAAUGUCGACGUGUCGCUCAUCUCCCAUCCAGGCAUUGUGGCAGACUCAGCUAUCAUGCGGACAGCAGCCUAUUCCAGCUUUAAAGUCGACUACCACGGCAAAGAGGCUCACGCAGCAGCCGCACCUUGGGAAGGUGUCAAUGCUCUCGAUGCGCUGAUAACUGCUUACAAUGGUCUGUCUGUGCUUCGACAGCAGACUCAACCAGGAGACAUCAUCCAGGGCCAGAUCACAAAUGGUGGUCUGAGACCAAACAUCAUACACGCAUACAGCUCUGGCCUCUUCGUUGUGCGGUCCGCCACGCGAGCUCGCCUCGCGAAACUGCAGAAGCGUGUCCUUGCGUGUUUCGAAGCGGGUGCCACUGCAACAGGAGCCACAUUGAAAAUCACUUCAAAGAUGUCAUACGAGGAUCACGCUCCAAACAAAGCUCUGGCGUACCGAUAUAGGGAGGCAUUCAAUGCGCUGGGCGGCAAGAUCACGGCACCCGAGCUGGAUUUUCUCACGGGAUCUAUCUCGGCGAGCACUGACCAAGGGAACGUAUCUUAUGCCAUGCCAUCGAUCAGCCCCAAUUUCUGGAUUCGCAGCGAAGACAAAGACGGCAGGCAACUCGGUGGUCCGCACACACCCGACUUCGAAAAGGCUGCUCGCACAGAAGAAGCACAUAGAAUGGCCUUGAGGGUGGGAAAAGCCCUAGCCGCCACGGCUGUGGAUGUGCUAACACAGCCGGAGCUGCUGCGAAAAGUCAAGGACGAAUUUCAGAAGAUGCUUCAUGAGGACAAGUCGCAGAGAAGAGCUUGA